AUGCCUCACACCAGGGACUCUUCGUCUCCGAGCAGCGGCGCGGGGAGCAGAGCUUGCUAUGAAACGCCGGCGCUGUCAGACCUCCAGCGGCUCUGCUGGUUCAGAGGAGGCUCGGAUAAUCACGUGGACCAAGUCUGGCCGAAUAUUUACCUGGGAGAUGCGUGGGCUGCUAGGAGCAAAACUACUCUUCAAAGCCUCAACAUUACUCAUGUCCUUAAUGCAGCAGAUGGGCCAUACAGCAUCAACACUGGAGCCAAGUACUACGAAGAUCUGCAAAUAGAGUACUACGGAGUGGAAGCAUUCGAUGAUCCUUCCUUUGAUUUAAGCGUCUUCUUCUACGAUGCUGCCAGCUUCAUAAGCAAAGCCUUAAACACUUCAGGAGGUAAGGUGUUUGUCCACUGUGCCAUGGGGGUGAGCCGCUCUGCGUCUUUAGUGCUUGCCUUCUUAAUGAUCCGGGAGAACCUGACGCUCGUGGAUGCUCUGAAGACAGUGGGCGCACACAGGGACAUCUGCCCAAAUUCAGGGUUCCUCAGCCAGCUCCGGGACUUGGACGUUAAGCUAAACGAAGAGAGGAAAGGAACCAGAGCAUCUGCUGCCGAAGAGCCGUGA